AUGCGCCUGAGGCAAGAGUUUCUGGAUGCGUUGAAGGAAUGCGGCGCGAGUGCUGCCCGGGGCAUCUCGUCGUUCGAAGGGAGCGAUGAAAAUCAGGUGCAGACAGACGCAGGAACAGCGCUCAGGAGCAGCGCUCCUCUCGAAACCCAUCGCCGGCAAGCCGAAAGACACGUGCGCGAAACCGGCGAGCAGAGGCGACAAGAGCGCCGCAGCGCGGCGGCGAGUACGGCGACAUCGUUCGGCAAGGCCAAAGUCGACGGGGCCCAGGGAGAAAACCUGCAGUACUCUUCAGCGAUAGAAUUGAGUAGAAGCGAGCGUGCGGCGUUCGGUCGGGUCGCGGGGGCUCCGCACAAUCUGGUCGAGGUGUUACCGUCGCUCGGACCGGCGGAAGUUUGCGCUGAAAAGGAGCAAGCACGGUGGGAAGGGGAGGAAGAGAAAGGCUCUCAUAGUCAAGUUCCGCGUCGGAGGGAAGUGGCACACGAGAAUGGCGCCACCCGCUUCCAGAUAGAACAAGCGCAUCAGGGCGAGGGCGCAGAUCAACACCGCACGGCCAAGAGGCAGCAACAAUCUAUUCCCGGGGGUGAAAGAAGGCAAGGGGUCACAAUAGUUGCGGUGGCGGCGGUCGAGGAGGAGGGAAUGCAAUCUCAAAGGUCAGGUGCAAGACGUGUCGCACUUGGGGGAGCAGGAAGAGAGCCAGAAGAGCAGGGAUCGGCGGAAACGAACCGGGCCAACAGCAUGGUGAUAGACGGAGAAGACGUCGGGGUGGAGAUUGCCAGGCCCACCCGCAGCGGGGAAGCCCGGCCUGGGGGCAUUCAGCGUGGAGUAGCCGACGGCGAUCUGGAGAUGACAGACGGAUAUUGGGCAGGGGAGCGUUCUCUGUCGAGACGGCGACAGCGGCAGGACGCCGGCGGUGUGGUUGUACCACUUGAGGGAGGUGCGGAGGCAGCUCCCAGCCAGAACCAGGGGGCUGGGGUCGAGGUCGGGAACACCGGCGUGUGGGAACACAUGGAGGGAGAAGACGGCACUCCAACGGGUGGGACCAUCAUGAAAGUCAUGAUAGCUGGCAUUGAGGUGUCGGUCCCGUUGCCGCCACAGACCUUUCGCGCCUGGAAACAGCGAGCCUCGCCGGCGGGGCCGCCCGGUGCUGAGGACGGCGAAAGCGACCACAGGGGCAGCAGCAGCAGGACCCAGCCCGCCGCGAACGCCACUGCCGACCGCCAUCCAGUCGCCUUCACCACCAACAGCGAAUCCGAGGCAACAGGAGGAGUAGCCCCCAGCACCAGAAGGCCUGGCCGCGACGAUCGUAACCGUUCUUCAUCUACCCCGCGGGCCUUUUCCUCCGCCAAUGCAAUCGAAGGUAUCGCUAAGGUCGGUGCGUCUGAGGACGACCAGCAACGGCCAGGCGCUGACACCACGAGACGGAUCGCUCCAGGGGAAAAUGGUUAUGACAAUGUUGGCGCUGGCGGGGUGCUAUCGGCGGGAGACAACAUCAGCACCGCCGGCUCGGGCCCGGCACCAGGGUCGGGGAGUUGCGAAAAACCUUUCGCUGUGAGAGACAAGGGCGAUGCCAACACCGGCGGAGAGAAUCACCAGUGGCGACGCUCCUCUUGCCAGGCGGCGGUCGCGGUAACGUCGACUGAACCUGCGACUGUUGCUGUAGAGGAGGUCCGUCAGAUCGACGAUGGCACCCGCUCACGACGAAGCAGCCAGGGACAUGUGCAACAACUAGAUUCGGCGCCCGUGGACGAAGCGCUCGAAGACCGGCCGGGCAAGUUGCACAGCCACCACUACACGGUAGGACCGACAUUCGGAGACUCAGCAAACGUUACCGUGGCAGUGGAUGGUGAAACAGCGAGGAACAAACCAGUAACUGCUGCGACGGGAGCGGCAGGGGCUACCGGAGAGGAAGCAGGAGGAGGGACGUCAGCCAAUGCGGAUGGCAAAGGCGGCAGCAAAGUGUAUUUCGCGUCUUCAUCGGAGGAAGAAAACGAAAACAACGACGAAGACGCAGGUAACGUGGCCACAAAAAACACCCACCCCCCGCCAGACGAAGCUGAAGGAAGGAACCCCGGAGACAGCAGCGCCGAUGGUGGUGUGUUCGACACCUCUAGGCGGAGUUUUGGGACGUGGGGUAGCAGCAGCUGGAUAGAAGAGGAUCAGGCGGCCGCGGCCGCUGCUUCAGCAUUCGCUGGAGGGGUGGGCUGGCGGAGGCUUCGACGUGAUACCGUAACGGCCUUGGUGCGGGAGCUCGAAAGGACAUGGCAACGGUCGUGGCCCCGUACGGACAAGGACGGCGAAGACGGCUACCUCCCGCCGUCGCCCCAGCUCCGGCGGCGACCUCACCAUCACCGCCGGCGGCAGUCAACACCGGCACCGUCGCCGGUAGCGGCCGCCACCGCACCAGCCUCUUACCAUGACGCCGAAGGCGGCGGCGGCGCCUCCCUGGGCGAAGAAAUCUACGGCGGCGGCCGCCGUCGUCACAGCGAAAGCAGUCGUCGGCCGAAGAGUGGCGGCGGCGGCGGCGGCGGCGGCGGCGGCGGUGGCAGCGGCAGGGAAGCGGGGGAAGACAUCGACAAAGUGCGCCUCGAGCCGAUCCAGGCGGCAGGUGGAGUACCGUUCGGGUUUCCAGUAGACGACGGGUGUGGCGGUGAUGGCGAGGGAAAUUGUGAUGGCGUUGGAAUCGGUGGUCGCGGUGGCGGCCGCGGUGAAAAAGGCACUGGGGAACGGACCGCGGUGGGUACGGCUACAACAUCGGCAACAGUGAUAGCGCACGCGGGAAAGCCAGGAGGACAGGAAAACACACCGCCGGAAGCGCGGAGGCAGGCAUCAGAGACAAGGAUAGCAGGGUUUGACUCCGAGGUAAGACCUAUCUCCAUUCCGUCUCCGGUCGUGGGGCGGCGGGGAGAAAGGAGCGGCCCGGGACACCCUGCCACGACGUCUGCGGCUGGGUCAGGGAUGCGACCAGGGGCGGGAGAUUCGGGUUAUCUCCCGCAGGGUGGGCAGCAGGGUUCGUCGAGGGUUGAAGGGGAGGGGCUUAGCGUGAUUUCUUUACCGUCCCCCGCCGGCCAGUUCGGUUGCUCUCCGAUGCCGAGGAGCAUUCGUCAAGCGGCGUUACUCAUGCGGGGUGCCAUCAGGUCGCUCGUCCGUCUAGCGUUGCUCAAUGCAUGGAAGAGAUGGACACAGAACGAGCUGCCGCCCCUCCUGCCGCCGCAGGGACCAGCGGCACCUCCGGCGGCAACCACCGACAAAAGCCGCAGCGAGCGGCGGCGGCAGGUAUGCGAGGCGCGCCUACUCUUAAGGGUAGGGGAAGCCGGGAGGGGGAAGGGAGGCGGCGGGAACAAGGAUGCUCGCGCGGAGGAAGUGGACGUGGGCGCGGAAGAGGACGAGGCCAAGGAGGACAUGUGGAGGCGAAGACAGGCCCUUCUUCUGUCCUUCGUCGACGGCCCAAAUGGAGAAGAUGAAGAGGGGGUUACCGCUGAAACCGCCACCGCUCCCGUCGAUGGUUCUGCUAGCCCCGGUCCUGACCGGCUCGGAACAGCGCCGGUUGGUGAGAGCGGAGGAUUCGCUUUGCCUGACGACAGCCGGCCGGAAUACGGCGAGAUCGAACCGAGGGGAGCGAAACGGGACGUUCUGGCGAAGGGUGAUACGGCCGCCGAACCACCGCCGGCGUGGCGGGAGACGGAGGAGAAAGGAGAGGGCGAGGGGGGGUGUCGUGAGAGGACUGGAAGGAUGGAUGAGAGGCAGAAGGACGAGGAGAAUGGCUUUCCGCUGCUGGUGACGACUGAACGAUUAACGCAGGAGAUGGCGCAGGUGAUGAGCACGGGAGGGGGAUACCUCGGGGUAACCUGUCUUGAAGUAGCGCCGACCUGGUAA